CCCAAGUUGAUUCACUGAGUAUGCAUGUGGCGAGCAGGUUAUCCUCGAAAGAGUGAAACACAUUUCCGUGGCAAGCCAAGAGACAGGAAGCAUAACCUGAUCACAUAAUCAUUUUCCGCAAGUUCGGGCUGCCUGGCAACAACCGGCCUUAUUGCAGACGUCAACCUUGAAUCAGCGAAUCUUCCGAGAUGUGAUAUGCACCGGUGUGUUGCAAGAGGAAGUUGCACGGUCUGGAAUCAAUCACCAACAACUCGUCUUGUCGAAGCGUUCAUCAUCAGGUGUUGAGACAUCACGGGAAGAGAGGAAAGAUGGAAGUGUGUGUGACAGACAGCGAUGGAGAAACCUUUGUCUUUAAAGAUGAGAAUGGAACGGUCAACUUUUUCAAGCAUCUGGAUUGCAAGAGGGAGGCCGAAAGAAUGAAUUGCAACAGCAGGAGAAACUAUUUUAAAGACACUAACCAUAUUGCACCCGUUUACCUGUCUUCACCGUGGGAAGGAAGUGAUGCCAGAACCACAGGCUUGGUAAAUCCUGAUGCUGCUGAUCUGCAUUCUGUAGCAGUUUACGACAGAAACAGAACGAGAGAUGGCACUUCUCUGCUGAACGUAUGUGAGAGGUACGGUAAAAGGGUAAAUGAAGGCAUGGAUGCUUGUUUUACUAUUCAUGAUUAUUGUGAAUGUUUGCGUGAUCAACAGUCAAGACACCAAGUACAGAAUUGUCAACAUGGAUGCAAGACAAAACGUGUUUUCCAAUCGAGCCUCACUAAGUGGCACGAAUGUAGGUAUUACAGGAUGAAGAUCAAUAGAAAUAGUAUCAUCACAACUCCAAAUGGAUUCUCUGAUUUCAUCCGUGUAAACCAGAAUAAACUCCAUUGCUGCUGGCAAAAAGAAAUAGUGGCUACAAAAAAGCACUGUGAAAAGGGGGAUCUACAAAGUAUGAUUAAAGAUCUUACGGAAAGUACUGCAAGUAAUGGAAUAAAUGACAUAAUUUCAGAAGCACUCGAAUCUUCAAGGGAAGACGCAAACCUCAUAGAUAAGGUUGUAGAAGUCCAUAACCAAAUAUCAAAAGGGCAGCUCUGUGUUGCAACUCCACCAAAGGAUUAUACAGAACCUAGAAUCAGAGUUGUUGUUCCCCGGUGCAAUUCUGGUGAAACGCGAAACAUGAAUGAUGAAUCUUCCUUAAUAGGUGUAAGGAAUCACGUUCUGAAGGCAUCGACAGGAACUCCACCAGAUGUGCGGAAGAUCGAUACAUCAGUCAUGUUACAAAAGACAGAACGGCAUCGUCAUCAACAUAAAAAAAAUUCUACAAAAGACUUACGGGAUAUUGAGGUAAAUCAGUCGUCCUGUUCUGAAGAUAAAGAUUACAUGACAGAAGCAGAAGAUAGUCAGCAGAAGAAAGAAAAGAGAAUGAUAAAAUCUGAGAAAUAUAAAAGACUAUAUGAAAAUAGAAGAAAGUUGUACAGUCCGCAGACAGAAAGGGAAAGUGAAGAUAAGAGUGAGAGAAAACCAAAAAGAAAUGGAUACAGAAGAAUGAAGAGACCAAUUAAGCAUAAAGAUAAACACAGAGACAAGAAUGAUUAUAUAUCAUGGAACAUAAAACAACAGAACAAGAAACAGGAAGGACAAACAGACACAAGCUCCGGAAAGAUUGGCAUGAUCACGAAAACACAAGGAAGAAAGGGGGACUGGAAAUGUAACCACAAAAGUUUUCAUCUGAUUAAGGAGAUGUCUUGUAAAGUGGGAUCCUUCGCCGAAGAAUUAUUCAAAACAAUAUGUAAAAAGCAUAAAAAGAAAAGUAUAAAAAGUGAAAUGAGAAGGAAUGUCCUACAACAGGCUACAAAGGAAGGAAAAGUAGAAGACUAUGAAGCAGAACCAGAAUCUUCACCAGACUUCGAAGUCACGAUACUGGAAAGAGCUAACGUUUCUGAAAACCCCAUGGACAGAGUGGGGAGAAUCGCUUGUGUAGAAGUGAGCAAGCUUACUUAUCAGCCCUUAGAAUGCAGAGACAAGCCAGUGAAUAAUGCUAUUAGCGACGAGAAUCACAGAAAAAGAAGUGAUGAAGAAAGGAGGGGUGAUCAAGCCGUGGGUAAAGAGGAUUGCAGAAAGGAAAAUGAAGAGGAAAAAAGUAAAGGAGAUAAUGCCAUUAGCGAAACAGAAUAUAGAACAGGAAAUCAAGAUGAGAAAAUGACAGGUGACACUGUAGAAGAGGAAGAAGAGUUGAGAGCGAGAGUGUCCCAGCCAAUGCAUAAAGAGGGGAAUGAAGGAGAAAAGGGGGAAGGUGAUACAGCCACUAGUGAAGAGAAAAACAGAGAAGGAAAUGAAUCUGAAGAAAGGCAAGAUGACUAUACCGUUAACGAAGAGGAAUGCAGAAAGGGAAGUGAAGGGGAAGAAAGAAGAGGUGAUAAUACCAUGAGCGUAGAGGAAAGCAGAAAAGAUGAAGGUGAGAAAAGGAAACUUGUGCCUAUAGAAGAGAAAAUAGAAGCGUUCAGGGAGAGUGAAUUCCAGCCAGUACAUAAAAAGGUGAAGAUUAAAACUGAACCAAUAACUUUGGAAGAAACUCAAGAUACGUCGUGUGCAGAUCAGAUUACAAGCAUGCUGUUAGAUUAUGAAGAAGGGCAGUGUGUUGUGCAAACGCAAAACGUACAGUCAGAUUUUGGAAGCACGGUAGCAGUAAAAACGGAAAAAGUACCGUCAAAUUUAGAAGACAUGCUAAGCAUAGUGAAAACUGAGCCUGACUUCUUCAGAGAAAACAAUAUGGAAUCCACAGAAAUUACUAUGUACAAGGAACAGCUGAAAAUGGAAGAUCUCUCAAUUGUAGUAAAACCAGAAACGCUUGAAGAAGAAGCAUAUCCUGCAAGUAUGGAAGAUAUUAGAAAUUUCUUAAACACAUUAGGGAUGCCUGCCAUGAAGAUGGAAUAUUAAAGUUUACUCUAAAAUGUAAAAUAUUCAGGAUAAAAGUGAUUGUAUGGACACUAACGAUGACUUUAGUCUUUGAAAACUCUUUGGAUAUUUGCACUUCAUUUUAAUGUGCUUGAUUUUGGGCUCGUGUUAAAGGAAAAAUAUUAAUAUAUGUUAUGAAAAGAAAGUGUUUUUUUGUAAAGUUAUUCGGCUGCAUAUAUGAUGAUGCAAGGAUUAAUUACUGGUUGUUCAGACUACAAGUUAUAAGCGCAUAAAUAUUCAC